AUAAAGGCCUGUCAACUUCUUUUACAUUCAGUGUGAACUAGAAAAUGUACAAUAUACUACAAAAGCACUUGUUCCAAGUCCCUGUUUCACUUACCUUUCUACCAUGGAUUUAAGGAUUUACGUAUAUAUACUUAUAAGCAUGAGGAUUGGGCUUGUUCAUGAUGCCUGCAAAGCCAGAAGCUAUGGGUUCUUUUUCAUUCUUCCACCAAGUAGCACCAUAAUGUUCCUUAAGGUGGUUUAGGCAGUUCAACGGAUGUGAAACACCCAACUUCGGGAACUGGGGGAACUAAAGUACAUGUGCUAACUACUGGAAAUGGUUGAUUUUUCAUUUUCUUCUAUGGAGUUAGAGUCUUGGAUUUUCAUUCUACAUGCAAAAAGGCUACAUAAAAAAGGUAGAGGAUGGCAGUGGAGGGGUGAAGACUGAAUAUCAGUGGAAGCAUAUCAAAGCUUAUGGUGACUGGACAGGAAGCAAUGCAAAAAGUACAGUCAGAAAACUGAUUAUGUGGCAGUUGUGAGAAAGCUUUGUGCCCUAUAAGCAUAAUUUCUCCUUACUCACACCUGUCAAGAAUUAGCUUACCUGGCACCAGUAAGAGGGCAGCAAGUUGGUUGGACUAGCAAGGUAAAGUACAUUACUUUGAACCCUCUUCAAGAGCUGAGUGAUUUGAAGCCCUUGGCAUAUGACUGUAUUUUAGAUUAUAUUAGAAACAGGCUGGUGGUGCUAGAUGUCUGCACUGUGGAUAAUGAAGACAUGAAGAUUCUCACUGACAAUGUAGAUCAUAGAUUACUGUAAUUUAAGAUGUGAUAUGUAAUACAAGUUUCAUUGAAUGUUGAAUUUGUUUUUACAUAAUAUAGUUAAACAUUAAACACUUUUAAUAUAAAACAUUAAUAUAUGUUGUUACCCAGAGAAGCUGUUGCUGGUCUUAUCAAUAAUUUAUUGAUUAAUAUAGUGUUGUAGUGAAUACUUUUUGUGUUAAUUAAUAUUAUAUGUAAGAAUAUAUGAAAUUACUAUAGACAUUAUUCGUAGAGUUAAGAAGAGAAUGAUCUAAGAUUCCUUGUAUAUAUGUAUAUAUAAAAGAAAGCUUGAAUGCAGUGUAAUGAUUUGAAACAUGUAGGAUUGAGUGAUAACAGAGAGUGGAAUUUUAUUAAUUUGCAUUUGAACACUUUUACCCCAUAAAUAUGUUAUAAAUAUAUAUUGAAAACUUAAUUUAGGGUGUGUGUCUAAAGUAAUCCAAAAUAAAAGCAGUGAAGGUUAGGUGGAGUUCAGCACUCCUUUGAAUACUCAUGAAAAUGGAAGCUGAAGAUUCAUUUCCUGUAAUAAAACAAGAAAAUGAAAAAUUGGAAGAUGAUCAGACUGUAGUUGCAGUUGAUAAUUCUAUCAUCCUAGAACCAUAUGUGGAAAUCAAGACAGAACCUGAGUUUAUUGAUGUCGAUAGAAUUGAUGAGAAAAACUCAUGCAAAUCUGAAAAGGUUGAGGAGGACCCACUAAGUUCUGAUAAAGAAUGUGGGAAGAAAAUUGCAGAAGAAAGUGUACAGUCAAGUACAGCUGAUGCUUCAGAUGGCUCUCAAAUACCUUUUCUCUCAUAUGGAAAACUGCUUUAUCAGAAGUGGGGCGAUGGAAGUCACAAGAAUAAUCACAAAGACGUGGAAGAUAUCACCAAGGAAAAGGAUACAGGAAAUGCUCCCUUAACGAGUACUGACGAUGGAAAAAGUUCUCAAUUGCGUCAACCUACUAAGCGCACGAAAACUCUCCGUGGAAAGAAAUCAUAUACUUGCAGUGAAUGUCAGAGUAGUUUUCAUCACCCAAGUUAUCUCAAAAGACACUUAAGAACCCACACAGGGGAGAAGCCAUUUUCUUGCACAGAAUGCCAAAGUAGUUUUUCUCAUUUACAUAGUCUCAAAAUACACAUGAGAAUUCAUACUGGUGAAAAGCCAUUUACUUGUAGUGAGUGUCAAAGUAGUUUUUCUCAUUCUUACAGUCUCAGAUUACACAUGAGAACUCAUACGGGAGAAAAGCCAUUUACGUGCCCAGAAUGUGGAAGCAGUUUUUCUCGGUCUGGUCAUCUCAAAACUCACUUAAGAACUCACACUGGGGAAAAGCCAUUUAAUUGCACUAUAUGUCAGAGCAGCUUUUCUCAGUUAGGUAGUCUCAAAAUGCACAUGAGAAUUCAUAAUGGAGAAAAGUCAUUCACUUGUAGUGAAUGUCAAAGUAGUUUUUACCGCUCGAGUGACCUCAGAAAGCACAUGAGAACUCACACGGGAGAGAAACCAUUCUCGUGUACAGUAUGUCAAAGUACUUUCUCUCAAUCAGGUCAUCUGAAAACCCACAUGAGAACUCAUACAGGUGAGAAGCCAUUCGCUUGUCCUGAGUGCCCAAGUAGCUUUGCUGACUCUAGUAGUCUUAAAUUACACAUAAGAACUCAUACUGGAGAGAAGCCAUUUCUGUGUACUAUAUGUCAUAGUAGUUUUUCUCACUCAGGUCAUGUCAAAUCUCACAUGAGAACACAUACAGGAGAGAAGCCUUUUACUUGCUCAGAGUGUCAGUAUAGUUUUUCACACUCUGGUGAUCUCAAAAGACACAUGAGAACUCAUACAGGAGAGAAGCCCUUCUCUUGCACUGAUUGUCAGAAAAGUUUUAAUUGUUCAAGUGAUCUCAAAAGGCACAGGAGAACUCAUACUGGGGAAAAGCCAUUUACUUGCUCUGAAUGUCAGAGUUGUUUUUCUCAUUCAAGUAGUCUCAAACUGCACAUGAGAACUCAUACAUGAGCUAUUGUUUUCAUGCACUUUAUGUCAGAGUGGAGUAUUUUUAUUUGCUUGAUCCUAAAAGUUCUCAGUAGGCACAUGAAAAUUUCCCAAAUGACCAUGAAAACUCAAAGAUUAAAUUUUGCAAAAGUUAACUUAACAAGUAACUACAUAGCUAUAAUUUUCUACUUCGCGGCAGUUUAUAAUGCAAUUCGCGGUAGCGAUUCUUUUGUUGGGCGAAGGUAACUGACCCCGCCCACUUCCCAGGGAAGUAAAGGUACAACACAGCUAAGACCGUCAUUCGUUUUCUGCUGCGCAGCGACGACAGUUGCUUGCUUGGUGGUUUGCUUUGUAAUUCCUUUAUUUCACCGGAUGGUUGUGGGUCUCACAGAAUUUGGUGACAUAUUCGGGAAUUGUUUUCUUGUUUUUGGUACCAACUUUGCUAAUUUAGUUAGCUUACUGUCUUUCUGUUGUGAAUAUGUCUGAAGCUAGUACUACUUCUAGUGUCUGGUUUUGCAGCAAGGGCUGUAAUACCAAACUGACUCUCAUACCAUUUGUAGUCAAAUCUAGGGGUCAGACUUGCUCUUCUAUUCUUUCAUGUGACGAAUGUAAAGACUGGGAUCAGGGAAAGUGGAAGACUUUGAGUAAUUAUUUGGAGAAGCUAGAGAAGAAUAGACUUAGAAGGGUGGCUGCUGGAGCGGAAACUAAAGGAUCAAGUCAGAAUUCUCCUUCUAUUCAUGCUUUCUCGACACCUGUGACUGCUUUCUCACCGAUCAACAGUCCUCUGGCUUUUCCUAAUUCUCCCUUGCCUAACUCCCAACCUUCUGAUCCCAAUACCAUCGCCAGUUUAAAGGUUAGGUUUGAUCAUAAAUUUAAUUUGCUUGUGAUUUAUGUUGCCCAGAUUGGGAAUUCAGUUAAAUGUUUGAUGGCUAAGUUUAGUGUAAAUGAUCAAGGUGCUAGUGAUUUGGAGGAGGUGGCUAUCCAUCCCAUCAAUGCUUCCAGAUGAAGGUCCCUGUCAAACUCCCCUAAACCUGGGAGGAGACAAACCAUAGAUCCUAAGAGACUCGGUGGGGUUUCCCCACAGGUAGUUGUUCCCUCAUCCAAGCCUGUAGUGCAAAUCCCAGGACUCAGAGGAUGGCCGUUGGAAAGGCAUCCAACUUGGUAUUCACGCUCUUUCGUCCAGUAAGUCGGAUUCAAAUGUUAGUGGAGGACAUUACAAACUAUUUAAGGUUUCUAGACUACUGAAAAGAUCUUUUUCAAUGUCAGAUCAUCGUUCUCCUCCUCCUUGCAAGUGUUCUAAGGACCAGGUCCAUAGCCCUGGGCCUUCAUGUAGCUUUUGGAAUCUUUCUUAUCACUCCCCUGAAGUGAUGACGCCUGCACGGGCAUCCAACUCCCUCGCAUCGGGAUCCAAGGGUGUUAUGUGUUCAGUGGCGGAUUCAGAGGGAUCCAUGGUGUCAGUGGAUCUUAAGGGAUCAAAGCAUGCAGUGGGAUCUUACAGAUCCAAGUAUUCGUUGGGAUCCAAAGGAUCCAAGUGCUCAAUGGAACCCACUUGAUCUGAUGGAUCCAAGCGCUCAGGAUGAUAAAAAAGUGUAGUGUGUAGGCGCUUGCCUGCAUGAGUGCAGUUGUUAUCUCUACGAUCAGCGCCUACUUCUGGUAGAGGAUCAGUUUCUCAGUCUAGAUGCUCCAUUCCACCUGAGUUUCAGGAGUCUUCCCUGGAUGUGAUCAGUCGUCUCCUGGACAGUAUCUUGGAAUUUCUUCAAAAUCCAUCAACACCUCACAGUUCAUCAGUAGUACCUCCUCCAUCUCCUCCUUCAGACAAAGAGGAGGAUUUCGAACAGGAUCAACCUACGUUUUUUGGAUUUCUACUCGCCAGCUACACCCGCAUCCCCGGGAUCAGCCUAUGAUGAGACAACCUGUUGAAGACUCUAGAUUGCCUAGUAUAGUCCUGUCUUCUUCUUCAAGGAAAGCUCUGACUCGCAUUGAGACUUGGCUCGCAGAGAAGAGAGAUGCGGGAAAAGUGGUUUUUUGUGCUCCACCUUCUCAGUUGUUGAAGAGAAGAUACCUUUCUUACGUGACUCGGGAGGUUCCUUCUUUGGGAGUUUCUGCCGCCUCCCAGGGGGACUUCUCCAGUCUGAUUGAUUUGACAAGAAGGUCAGCCUUUUAAUCCACUAAGAUCUUCUUCAUGGCCUUGGAACUGGAUCAUCUUGUAUGUGACUCUUUAAAGGUUUUUGAAAUUUUCAGUUUCCUUGACUGGCCAAGAUGAUUGAGAGUUGCGCUUUCCUUCAAACCAACUUUGCGUCGGAUUGGUUAGGAGUUUUAUAUUGCAUCGAUAAAGCGAUCAGGGACGGUUCACAAGAGUUAGCGUCACUGGUUACUGUUGGGGUUCUCAAGAAAGAGAGCAAUGGUGCUCAUUCAUCUCAAAAGGGGUGACACCUUCGCAGAGAUCAGCGCUGCUGUUUGCACCUUUAGACCAUGGCAGUCUUUUUCCUUGAGCCGCCGUUGAACAUGUAACAGUGGAACUGCAGAAGAAAACUACCCAGGAUCUCUUAGCCGCUUCUAAGAGGACUAAGGAUACAGUUUGUCCUCGGUCAACUUCAUUCUCUUCUAGAACGACAUCCCCUCUACAGCAGUACCCCUUUAGGGGGCGCAGGGGCAGGUUCCAGUCAUGACCUCAGACUAACAUUCAGUCAAUAUGACCAGCAAGCAAGUCAACAUCCAAGACCCCUUCUCGUAAGUGAGGAUCCAGUCCUCCAUGCUCCAGUGGGAGCCAGACUUCAGAGUUUUUGGGCCAAAUGGGCAGAAAAGAAGGCCAAACCUUGGGUUCUGAAAGUCAUCAAAGAAGAGUAUUCCAUCCCCUUUAAGGAAAAACCCAUGUUAGUUUCCUCUCCCGUCAACUUGGGAGCAUAUUCCAAAUACUCGGAGAAAUUUACUGCCCUAUCAAAAGAGGUAGAUUCUCUUCUCAGGAAGGGAACAAUAGAAAUAGUACAAGACGUCGACUCAUUGGGGUUUUACAACCGUCUAUUUCUAGUCUCCAAACCAUUGGGGGGCCGGGGUUGUUGGAGACCUGUCCUAGAUGCUAGCGCCCUGAAUUUCUUUGUGGAGACCACGAAAUUCAAGAUAGAAACCAACCAUUCAGUUCUGUCAGCCAUCCAUCAAGGGAAUUGGAUGGCAACUUUAGACAUGCAGGACACCAAUUCCACAUACCCAUACAUCAAGAAUCCAGGAAGUAUCUAAGGUUUACGUUCCAAGACAAGGUCAUCUGACAAGUGUUCUAUCCUGUCUUCAGAAAGUCCGAAAGUUCCUAUCUCGCCUAUUGUGUAUGGCCAACAAAUGGAUGAGCGUUCUGGGGACCCUUUUGUCCAUAGAAAAAUUUGUGCCCUUGGGGAGGCUGCAUAUGAGACCCCUUCAGAUCUUUCUCAAGGCCAACUGGCAGAGGAAAAUACAACCGGAUUCAUUGGUGUUUCCAAUCACUCAAGAAAUCAACAAGAAAUCAAAGAGAACCUCAAGUGGUGGUCAUAGAAGGAAGGUUUGCGACAGGAAAAUCUGUUUCCUCUGAACCCCGACCGCACGCUAUACUCAAGACGCGUUGGAUCUGGGUUGGGGUGCCAUCUUAGGGAAGGCAGAAGUAUCGGGGAUCUGGUCGAGUUCAGAGAAGAACUUACACAUCAGUGUGAAGGAACUCAAAGCGGUUCAUCUGGCCCUUGAAUACUUUGUGACGGCGAUCCAUGACUCCACAGUCAUUGUUCAUUCCAACAACACAGAAGCAUUGGCUUACAUAAAGAACCAAGGAGGCACACACUCGUUCUCCCUUUUCGAGGCAGCCAGGGAUCUACUCCUUUGGGCUCAUGACAAUCACACCCAGAUUGUCACGAGGUUCAUUCAGGGGAAACAAUGUCAUCGUGGACAAGCCAAGCCGUUGAGCCAAGCCGCUACUACCGACGGAGUGGACACUCAAUCCACAAGUGUGCACCAACUUGUGGAGGCGGUGGGGGAAACCACCGAUAGAUCUGUUUGCAACGGCAAGGAAUCAUCGACUCCCCUUGUAUUUUUCACCAGUCCCGGAUCCCCUCGCAUGUGCAACAGACAUGUUGAUAUAGGAUUGGUCGAAUCUCGAUGUUUAUGCGUUCCCUCCCUUCAGUAUGGUGAGGGAUGUAAUAAACAAAUUCAGGUCACACAGCAACCUUUCAAUGACAUUAGUGACCCCCUUUUGGCCACAAAAAGAGUGGUUCCCAGAACUCCUCAACCUCCUGGUGGAUUUCCUAAGACUUCUACCACAGCGACGAAGUCUACUCAGGCAACCGCAUUUUCUCCGGUUCCAUCAAGGACUAUCCACUCUUGCUCUGAAAGGCUUCAGACUAUCAGGAAGCUUGUCAGAGCAAAAGGCUUUUCAAGACCAGUGGCAGAAGCGAUUGCUCAUUCAUUUUGAGUUUUCUUGCUAAAAAUGAAACUUCAACAUCCUUGGCCUUGCUCCUUCAGAAUUAAGUCGCUGACUGACAUCCUCAGUCGUACAGAUCAAGAAUGAACCCUGUACCCUGUAAGAGCUUUGGAAUUCUACUUGGAAAGAACUAAGACUAUCUGAGGCCGCUUCCCUAACCUUUGGUCAAGGACCCAUCUCUUCCUAUGUCUAAAAACGCUUUGGCCUUUUUCUCAGAAAUGUUAUUUCUGAAUCACACUCGAAGGCUUCGGAAGAAGAUUUUCCUUUAUGCAAGGUCAUGUCCCAUGAAGUAAGGGCAGUGGCCAUUUCCAUGGUUUUCAAUGUUUUUCUUGCUUUGAUUGUACAAGCUAUGUACAUUCUGGAGAUGUAAAUCCGUAUUUGCUCAUUUUUAUUUACGUGACGUAGAGAUAGUUUAUAAUAAUUCUAGUGCUUUAGGUCCCUUAUCUGUUGCUGAUGUGGUAUUGGGAAAGGAAGGGUAGGAGAGUAGAGAGUAUAUCUAUUCUCUUAUUUUAACUCGCCUUGACAGCGGGCGUCGAGUUUUGGGGAGUUUGGGGGUACGGUGUACCUGGAGUACCCAUCAAUCUGGUUGGUGGUGGUUGGGUAAUGGUGAUAGUUUUUAUUGGUGAUCAGGUAACGGGUUUUUCUGGUUGUUGCGUGUGUUGCCCAGGGCAAGGGCUUAUGUUUUGGUAGCUUUGGCAGUCAUUGGAGUACUCCUCAAUUGUAAAGCAUCCCACAGAAGUAGAGGCAAAACCUGGCUCUACUGCCACGUCUCUACAGGUUGAGGCGAGCUCUGACCAGAGGCAGUACCUUUCUGCUGGAGCUUUCUCACCAGGUAGGUUACAACAAGCAUUUUGUUGAUGCUAGCAAAGCUACUAUUGUAAAUUCAGCUCUGUCAUUGACUGUUUUUGGAAUAGUAUAUGUCCAUGAUUCCCACCUCAGGUCAAUGUGCAAUUCAGCCAUGUUGUACCUUUACUUCCCCGGGAAGUGGGCGGGGCCAGUUACCUUCGCUAAACAAAAGAAUUGUUACCGUUAAUUACAUUGUAAACUGGUGUGAAAUAGAAAAUUAUAGUUACAGUCCGGUCCCGAAUUAUGUGUGUUCAAAUUGUGCGGUUCCCCUUUUAUGCGGUCACUAGUUCUCAAAAAUAGAUUUUCUGUAUCUGCGAAGCCGUUCAAAGUAUUUUAGAUGUGGGGGGGUUUGCUGGUAUCUGAGAGAAGGGGUGGGGAGAAUGCUUGGAGGAAAAACUAUUAUUCCUCCAAGGGGGAAUGCGAGAAAGAUUUCCUGCUCAGCCAUUAGCUAAGACGAAAGGAUCUGCCUCACGCAUUUGUGAUGUCAUAGCGCAGUGCGUAUGAAUGAUCAUCGCCAUACGUAUUAUUCAGAUCUGCGAAGUGUAUUCUGAUCAUCUGCAUCAUCUAGAUUUGGUCAUUUAUUUUUUUCUAUUGUUGAAAUAGAUUUUGAUGAAAAUGACUAGUAAAAGUAAUGAACACAGAAGCAGAUGUGUUUGAGAGAGAGAGAGAAUCGGUCAAUCUAAACUUUUCAAGAAACUGUCAUUUCAUGUUGAAUUUUGAAUUUUUAUCAUUUCUUUUUAAAAAAUUGUAAUUUCAUAUCAAAUUUUGAAUUUUCAUCAGUUCUUUUUUUAUCGUAGAAUAAAUUUAUAUGAAAACGAUUACAUAGUGAACGUGCCGGACAAAUAAACAGACAGGCACUCGUAACCAGGUUUGUUAGGCCUAACAGGAGUGAAGAUAUGUGUGAUCUACUAGUCCCCGAAACCUCAAAUGGUUCACAAAACCUUUCUUCAGCAGAAGAACUCUUCACGGAAGAUGAGAUAGAGGGGUUUGAAGGUUUUUUGGCAGAGGAUAGGGAGAGGAAAUUCCAUCCAUAAGGUUCUUUUAAAAGAAAUGACUAUCGUACAGUACACUUGUACCCAAUGGUGGCAUUGUUUACGUGUGGGGGUUUUCACCAUCCUGUGUGUAAUUUAAAACUUUUUCAAGUUAUUAAAACCUAUUUGAUGUCUUAUUUAUCCAUAAGAACAAUUUCAUAUUAGAAAAAAUUACAGUAUGUAUAGUACACAGAAAGUAUUGAAAAUGGGUAGUAUAAAAAAGUUUGAUUGGGUAAGUUGCCGUUUGCCUUGUCCGUAAUGGAAUUAUUCCCAUAAGGUAUGUGUUUCGAAAUAUGCGAAUUUCCAAUUCUUGGAUCGACCAAAUUCUCGCAUGAUUGGGGACUGUACUGUAUGUAGUUACUUGGUUAGUAUGUACGUAUAUACAAAAUUAAUUUUAUUAUAAAAAUAUCAUUUUUAUUUACUUGUACAUUAAAACUUGUAUAUAUAAAUAAUAAGGUAUUAAUUUGCAUCAAAUGUAGAAAUAGUUAUUUUCAACUAUAUCCUGAAAGGGCAUAUGAGAAUUCAUAUAAAGAGAGAAAAUCUGUAUAUAUACACUGUAUUUAUAAGGAAAACUGUCGGUUUUUUUUCAGGCAGUCAUUAACUCAUGAGUUUUUAGGAUAGCUAAUACUGUGUUAUGUUUUGUGCAUUUCACUACCUUGGUAAGAUAUGAGUCUGUCUAUGUAUAUUGUAAGUCAUGAUGCACUGCAGUGUGUGUGCUAAGACUGGAGACAAGUAUAAGCUAAUGUAAGCAUGUUCUUCUUGUGACUUGAGACCUAAAUCAUAAAAGGGAUGACAGUAUGUGAUAUCUAUUAAACCUUUUACAAUCAGUCUUGAAAUAAGAAAAACUACAAUAACGCCAGAGAAAUUUUGCCUAACUGCAAGGA